AUGCCUCCAGGCGCCAAGUGUAACGGGCAUCUCUCCCCCAAUCUGUGUUUCCCUCUUUCCUGCCCGUUCCCUUUCCCCCUGUCUAAUUUCUUCACCCCUGCCCAUUCUCAUCCCCACCAGGCCUACUGCCCGUCUAAGAUCGGCUGCAUGCCCCCAGGCGGCAAGUGCAACGGCGUGGUAGACUGCGCAGACGGCAUCGACAAGGGGCCGUCAAUGCUAGGGAUAUCAAGCGGUGAGUGCAAUGGUGUGGCCGACUGUGCGGACGGCAGCGACGAGGGACCGCAAUGCCCCGGGUACCAAGGCGGCUCAUCAGGCGGUGGCACGUCAGGAAACAGCACUGCCCCUAGCACCGGCGGUGGCAGAUCCUCUGACACGUCAACGAACGGCACUGCUCCUGCUGGUGGGUCCGGAGGCGGAGGCGGGUCGGUGAGCGGAGGCGGGUCGGUGACGGGAGGCGGGUCGGGGACCGGAGGUCCUGUUGUGUUGAGUCCAGAGGAUUUUGAGAGGCAGAGGAAGGAGGAGGCAGCACGGAGAGCAGCUGCUGCUGCGGCUGAGAAGGCUGCUUUGGAGGCGAAGAAGAGGAAGCAGGCAGAGAAAGCAGAGGCGAUUGCUGAGAAGAAACGGAAGCAGGAGGAAAAAGCUGCUGCGAUUGCGGAAAAUAAGAAAAAGCAGGAGGAAAAAGCGGUCGCGAUUGAGGAGAAGAAGCAAAAGCAGGAAGAGAAAGUGGCUGCGAUUGCGGAAAAGAAGAGGCUGCAAGAAGCGAAGUCUGCUGCUGUUGCUGAGAAGAAGCGGAAACAGGGGGAGAAGGCAGCUGCGAUCGAAGCAAAGAAGAAGAAGCAGGCUGAGAAGGCGGCUGCGAUACAGGCCAAGAAAAAGAGAGGGGGGCCAAGUGUGACAAAAUAA